AUGGACUCGCCAGCAGAUACACAGCAGCCUACCAAGGCGUCGGCCCAGUCUCCCAAGCAAAGAACCUCACCCGCCAAAACAACCUACCUCAUCCUCUACAACUCCAUCUCCGCCCUCCUCUGGUCGGUGGUGCUCGGUCGCGUGCUAUUAAUCGCCUCCAUUCACGGCUACGCAAGCGUCUAUACCGGAGCGGGAAAUUUCACUAAAUGGACACAAACGCUCGCUGGAUUGGAAGUUCUUCACGCCGCAACAGGUCUCGUCCGCGCACCCCUCCUCACGACUCUCAUGCAAGUCGCCUCCCGCUAUCUCCUCGUCUGGGGCAUCGUGCAGCAAUUCCCCCACACCACAGGCCACGGCAGUCCCGCGUACUCGACCAUGUUGGUCGCGUGGAGCGUCACGGAGGUGAUUCGAUAUACAUUCUUCGCAGUCAAUCUGGGGUAUGGAAGUGUUCCCAAGGUGUUGAUGUGGUUGAGGUAUAAUACUUUUUUUGUGCUGUAUCCGUUGGGGAUCAGUAGUGAGUGUUGGUUGGUGUGGAAGGCGUUGAUGCCGGCGAGGAGUUGGAAUUUGGCGUUUGAGUAUGUGUUGAAGUUGGUGCUGUUUGUUUAUAUUCCGGGAUCGUAUGUUUUGUUCACGCAUAUGAUGGCGCAGAGGCGGAAGGUUAUGCGUGGGAACAAGAAGAAGAAGGCCGUAUAG